AUGCAUUCACACCAUUCCCAUUCCGGUGACUACUGUGCCCAUGGCGCAGACCCUCUGAAUUCCAUGAUUGACCGAGUGGUCCAAUUGGGCUUCCACACAUACUGCCUCACAGAGCACAUUCCAAGACUUGAGUCCAAGUUCAUAUACCCGGAAGAGUUGGAACUAGGCGAUACUUCCGAUGAGAUCAUAACCAGUCUAGAAACAUCAUUCAAGAAUUUUUUGAGUCAUGCACAAGAAAUUAAGGCUCGUUAUGCUGCUAUGCCAGAAGUUCGAACUAGAUUCAUUAUCGGGACAGAGAUCGAGAGCUGUGACAUGGACCAUAUCAAGUACGCCAAAAGGGUGAUGACGGAGAACAGUGGCAUCCUGCAGUUUUGCGUGGGUUCGGUUCACCACGUUAACGGGAUCCCCAUUGACUUUGAUCAAGAGCAAUGGCACAAUUCGUUGCAUUCCCUCGAUGACAACUUUAGACUUUUCUUGCUGUCUUACUUCCAUUCGCAGUAUGAAAUGCUCACCAACGUCAAGCCUUUGGUCGUGGGCCAUUUCGACCUGUUCAAGUUGUUUCUACCCAGUGGCAUGCUGGUGGAUCCUAAAACGGGUCUAUGCGACAAAGAAGCCGGAGUUCCAAUUGCCUCGUUAGACGUCAUCAACCAAUGGCCGGACGUAUACGACGCAGUGGUAAGAAAUUUACAAUUUAUAGACUCCUAUGGUGGCACCAUUGAGAUCAACACAUCCGCCCUAAGGAAGGGUCUCGAGGAGCCGUAUCCUGGUAAGGCCGUUUGCGACCUGGUCAAGAAGCAUUGUGGAUCCAGAUUUGUUCUAAGCGAUGACGCACAUGGCGUGGCGCAGGUGGGCGUGUGUUACGGCAAGGUGAAGAAGUACAUAGUAGAUGUUCUGCAGCUUAAAUACCUCUACUAUCUGGAAGAGGGUGUACCACCGCAGAAAGUGCCAUCUGUAAGGAAACUACCCAUCUCGCAAUUCGUUAACGAUCCCUUUUGGGCGAAUAUUUAA